UCUGUGCAGAGCAGAAUCAGAACCAGCUCAGCUGGGCUGAAGCAGGGAAACUCUGAUCCAACCAGUUAACAGAUUAUUGAAACUGGAGUGUUGGGAUUUUCCUGGUUCCGGUCUGAAAUGUUCCUCAGGAUGUGACACUGAACCAACAGAAUCGGGUCAGUGUUGUUUCUGGUGGAAUCAGUUACACUGUGUUCCUGUGUGUUCUGCAGGAGGUGACUAUGAAAGUUGGUUCCUUCUGGGCAGAUGGGCGGACAUCAGAUGGUUUUCCUGGUUUUGCUUUUAGGUUUUUAUCUUCAGAGAUGAAGAGUCUCUGUUUUUUCAGCAUCCUGUCCCUGUGGACAGAGCCAGGAUGCGGGGUCAUGAUGCUAAACUCUGUGGUUCCCCGUGAGGCAGCAAGAACCUGGAGACCAGGUGGACAAGUUCUGUCCCACCUGGGGAGGAGGAGGAGGAGCUGGGUAUGGAACCAGUUCUUUGUUCUGGAGGAAGACACUGGAGACGAGCCUCUGUAUGUGGGAAAGCUUCACUCUGACAUGGAUAAAGGUGAUGGUCAGGUGAUGUACUACCUCAGUGGUGAAGGAGCUAUGUCCAUCUUCACCAUUGAUGAGCAAACAGGAGACAUCCACGCCAUCAAGAGGCUGGACCGGGAACAGCAGGCCUACUACACCUUGAGAGCCCAGGUCCGAGACCAGAAUACACACCUGCUAGUGGAGCCGGAGUCCCAGUUCAUCAUCAAGGUCCAGGACAUCAAUGACAAUGCACCCAGGUUCCUUAAUGGCCCGUACACAGCCAGGGUUCCUGAGAGGUCCCCUGUAGGAACAUCUGUGAUGACGGUGGUGGCGACAGACGCUGAUGAUCCAACAUACGGAAACUCAGCCCGGCUGGUUUACAGCAUCCUGCAGGGCCUGCCCUAUUUCUCUGUGGACCCAAAUUCAGGUGUUGUGCGGACCGCUCUGCCUGACAUGGACCGGGAAAUGAGGGAUCAGUACCAGCUGGUCGUCCAGGCCAAAGACAUGAUGGGUCAAAUAGGGGGACUGUCAGGAACCACAAUGGUUACCGUGACACUGACUGAUGUCAACGACAACCCACCUCGAUUCCCCCACAGGAGUUACCAGUUCACUGUCCCAGAGUCAGUCCUGGUGUCAUCUAUUGUGGCAAGGAUUAAAGCAGUGGAUCUGGAUUUGGGUCCAAAUGCUGAAGUGGUCUACCGCAUUCUGGAUGGAGAUGGACUGGGAACCUUUAGGAUCCUGACUGAUCCAAACACUCAGGAAGGACUGAUCACUCUGCUCAAGAAUCUGAACUUUGAAAAUAAAUCCAGCUACACUUUGAAGAUCGAAGCCUCUAAUCAAAAUGUGGACACUCCUUUCCUGUUGGUGGGUCCAUUCAGCGAUACAACAAUGGUCAGACUGCUGGUGGAAGAUGAGGACGAACCCCCCAUCUUCUCCCCCUCUGUCAGUCAGAUGGUGGUUUCUGAGGGGGCUCCAGUAGGAACCAACAUUGGGUCCGUUUCAGCUCAUGACCCAGAUGGCUCCAACAGUCCAAUCAGGUACUCUGUAGACAGAAAGUCCGACACUGAGCAUUUCUUUGACAUUGACAGCAACUCAGGUGCCAUCAGAACCAGCAGAUAUCUGGACCGAGAAAUCAGAGUUCUGCACAACAUCACAGUCAUUGGCACUGAGACCUUGGAUCCAUCUCAAGUGGGCUCAGCGUUUGUUCUGAUUUCUGUGGCGGAUGUUAAUGAUAAUGCUCCGAGUUUCGCUGGUGACUACUGGACUUCCAUCUGUGAGAAUGUGCUGCCUGGACAGAUCAUCGAGACUCUGAGUGCCAUAGAUCCAGACAAUCCAGAAAAUGGACAUCACUUCCUCUUCUUUCUGACUGCAGAUGCUACUUUGAAUCACAGCUUCACCCUGAGGAACAACGAUGACAACACUGCCUCAGUCCUAACAUUACAAUCUGGUUUCCUGAGGCGAGAUCAGCCCGUCCACUUUCUUCCCGUGGUCAUCGCAGACGGCGGCAGUCCGUCUCUCAGCAGCACCAACACGCUGACCAUCACCAUCUGUGACUGUGAUCUCCGUGGAAACCACCGCCACUGCAGUCAAGAAGAGCCUUGGCGUGGUGGCAUGGGGACCACCACCGCCAUCACCCUGACCUGUGCGCUCACAUUCCUGGGUGUCUUCAUGGUAACCACUGUCAUCAGAUCCAGGAGGAGGGAGCCUCAGAUGAUGGAUGACCAACAGGAUAUCCAGGAGAACAUUGUCUGUUAUGAUGAUGAAGGUGGAGGUGAGGCAGACACGAAGGCCUUUGACAUGUUUGCCUUGAGACACCUGAAUCAAAUGAAUCUGACAGGUGGGUGUGGUACCGCUGAGCCAGAGACCAUGACCCAGAAAACCAGACUGCUCCAAGAGUUCAUCAGAAAGCGGCUCCAGGAGGUAGACUUAGAUCCGACAGUACCGCCCCUCGAUUCUCUGCAGAUUUAUGCUUUCGAGGGGAGCGGCUCUGCGGCCCACUCACUCAGCUCCUUAAGCUCUGUGAAUUCAUUAGAAUCUGAGCAGAACUUUUCUAAGGCCGUGGGGCUCAAGGUUCAGGAAGCUCAUCGAACUCUAUAGACAUCGGCUGGAAGGGGGUGUAGCCUCAUUGCAAAGCACAGCUGAUUGGAUGGGAGGUGGGAGAAGUGUCAUCAGAACCAUGGGAAUUCUAUCAGGCCCUAACUAGAAACCUCAGAACCAUCCACCCAUUAUUCAUCUCUAUUAUUUUUAUUAUUGUUUAUCUGCUGACCCGGAGAACUCUAUGAGAACUGCCCAAUCACAGGAAGGAAACUGCUCGGGCUUCUAUGUACUGAUUCGGACUGACUGAAACCGGUCCUUUGCCAAGUUUUAAUGACUCUUACACCUCAUUCCUCCAAAGCACUCCUGUUUUCAUGUGUUCUGUGACGUCACAGUCAAGGGUUCUGUUUCACUCUGAAAACACAUCAGUAGAACCAAAAAGAUCAGGAGACAAACUUUCAAUCAUCAGACUUCCUGAUUUCCAUUUUUUAGAAAAUAAUUGGAAAUCUUUACAUAGAAAAGAAUAGAAAAGAAUAGAAAAGAAUAGAAAAGAAUAGAAUAGAAUAGAAAAGAAAGUAAUAGAAUAGAAUAGAAAAGAAUAGAAUAGAAAAGAAUAGAAUAGAAUAGAAUAGAAUGGACAUGGUCUUCCUCUCAGAACAAAUAAAAGCAGGAAAUGUGGAUGUGACUGAACUUCCUGCAGAGAUCUGGUUGCUGGUGUUCUGUCUUCAACUGGUGGGACAUGUAGGAGUCCAGGUGUGAUCAGCUGAACACCUUAAAGCUCUCCACCUCUUCUCUGUGCAUGCAGACAAGAGGUCAUCUUCACAGGGGAGCUGGUGCCUAUCUCCAGCAGUCUACGGGUGAAAGUAUGUAAAACUCAAGAUUGUUUUUCCAUAUUGUAGUCGUUGUUUGAACUGAUGUUUGAUAAAUGAUGUGAACGAUGGAAACCAAAGUCAAAUUUCUUGUUUGUGUCACAAACUUGGCCAUUAAAAUAGGUUCAGAUUCUGAAAGGAAAGAAAUGAAACUGCUGCCAUCUGCUGGUGGAAAUUAAAAAUGGAACAUGAUUUAAAAGUUGUUACAACAUUAUCUGAUUAUGAUCUACUUUAAUGAAACUGUCUCUUCAAUCAGAUGGGCAAUACACGUUUAAGUUUUCCAAUGAAUGUUAAUAGAGUAUGACAGCUUAAAAGAGUUAAAAAAGAAAGUUAGGGGUGUAAAACGAGGUUCAUGUAAAAGGUUUAUAUAGUGAGGUCCUCUGAGACCAGGUCAGUCAGGACCAGGCUUGUCUCACUUCUUUCUUCUGCCUGUAACUUUGUUUGUGGCUGAAUUAAAGCUCCUGCUUUGAA